AUGUCUCUUGCUAAACAAAAUUUUGCUAGCCAAUCUGAAGAAGCCUUGAAUCAGCAGGUCAACACGGAACUGCAGGCCUCUCAAGUCUACUUGUCCAUGGCUGCUUGGGCUCAACACUCCUCUGUCGCUUUGCCAGGUUUGGAAAAGUACUUUCGCGAGUCUGCUCAUGAGGAGAGAGAACAUGCCCAACAAUUGAUUGACUACAUUAACACCAGAGGCGGUCGUGUUGUCUUGCGUGCCUUGCAAGCACCUGAAACAGAUUGGAAGUCUGCAAAGAACGCCAUUGAAUCUGCUCUUCAGCUUGAAAAGGACGUCAACAAGUCUCUCUUGAACUUGCACAAGAUUGCCGAUGGUCAAGGCGACCCACAAAUGUGUGAUUUCAUUGAAAGCACCUACUUGGCUGAACAAGUGGAAGCCAUCAAGAAGUUGGCUGAUAUGGUCACUCAACUCAAUCGUGUUGGUGAAGGUCUUGGUGUCUAUUUGUGGGAUCAACAACUCUACAGAGAGGGCACUGGUGCAGGAAGUCGUGCUACUGGUGGCCCCCACGCUUAA